UGCUCAGUAAAACGCAGCAGUGCAUCUAUUUACAAAUCUGAUGCUUUAUGGAAAAUGUUUUUGAACUGUUAGCUUUCUUGUUUUGCAUAGUUCAAACAAACUAAUGCAACUUUUAUCUGUGCCUUUUUGUUUUACAUUGUAUCAGCCACAGUUCUGUGUUGUGGAGUCCAGAAGAUAUAAAAUCAUGUGUGGUACAUGACAGUAGUACAUGUUGUUCGUUCUUGGGGUGUUUUUUCCCUUUUAUUUUUUUUUAACUUUUGGUUUAAUGCUACGUAAUUAUUUCAAGAAAUUCCUUUCUGAUCAAUUCCCAAAUCUGCCAGCCUGUUGUAUCUUCUUAACUGGAAAAAUGAGAUGGGUGCUUGAACAGUUGCUUGGCUGAAGAGGAAAUAAAGGCAGAGCAGGAGGUGGUGGAGGGGAUGGACAUCUCCACUCGAUCCAAAGAUCCUGGCUCUGCUGAACGCACAGCACAAAAACGGAAAUUCCCCAGCCCUCCACAUUCCUCCAAUGGCCACUCACCUCAAGAUGCAUCAACAAGUCCUAUAAAAAAGAAAAAGAAGCCUGGUCUAUUGAACAGUAAUAAUAAAGAGCAGUCAGAACUAAGACAUGGUCCGUUUUACUAUAUGAAGCAGCCACUCACCACAGACCCUGUUGAUGUUGUACCGCAGGAUGGACGGAAUGAUUUCUAUUGCUGGGUUUGUCAUCGGGAAGGCCAAGUCCUCUGCUGUGAGCUCUGUCCUCGGGUUUAUCAUGCUAAGUGUCUGAAACUGACAGCCGAACCAGAGGGGGAUUGGUUUUGCCCAGAAUGUGAGAAAAUCACAGUUGCAGAAUGCAUAGAAACACAGAGUAAAGCAAUGACAAUGCUCACCAUCGAACAGCUAUCAUAUCUACUGAAGUUUGCACUACAGAAAAUGAAACAGCCAGGGACAGAGCCAUUUCAAAAGCCAGUUUCACUGGAUCAACACCCAGAUUAUGCAGAAUAUAUCUUUCAUCCAAUGGACCUUUGUACAUUAGAGAAGAAUGUUAAAAAGAAAAUGUACGGUUGCACUGAAGCAUUUUUGGCUGAUGCCAAAUGGAUUUUGCACAACUGCAUUAUUUACAAUGGGGGAAAUCACAAAUUGACACAAACAGCAAAAGUCAUCAUCAAAAUCUGUGAGCAUGAGAUGAAUGAAAUUGAAGUAUGUCCGGAAUGUUAUUUAGCUGCUUGCCAAAAACGCGAGAAUUGGUUUUGUGAGCCUUGUAGCAAUCCCCACCCUUUGGUCUGGGCUAAACUCAAAGGCUUUCCAUUCUGGCCUGCUAAAGCACUGAGGGAUAAGGAUGGGCAGGUCGAUGCCCGUUUCUUUGGCCAACAUGACAGGGCCUGGGUUCCAAUAAAUAAUUGCUACCUCAUGUCUAAAGAAAUUCCUUUUUCUGUGAAAAAGACUAAAAGCAUCUUCAAUAGUGCAAUGCAAGAAAUGGAGGUUUAUGUGGAUAACAUUCGUAGAAAAUUCGGAGUGUUUAAUUAUGCACCUUUCCGGACACCAUAUACUCCCAACAAUCAAUACCAAAUGUUGUUAGACCCUGCAAACCCAGCUGCUGGAACUGCAAAAACAGACAAACAAGAGAAAAUCAAACUGAAUUUUGAUAUGACAGCAUCACCCAAGAUUCUGAUGAGCAAGUCCAUGCUGGGCAGUAGCACCGGCCGCAGGAUUUCACUGACAGAUAUGCCACGGUCACCAAUGAGUACCAACUCAUCAGUUCACACUGGCUCUGAUGUUGAGCAGGAUGCAGAGAAAAAAGCAACUUCCAGUCAUUUUAGUGCCAGUGAGGAAUCCAUGGACUUCAUUGAGAAAAAUACAGCUUCUCCAGCACCAACAAGAACAGGUCAAGCAGGGAGCUUGUCAGGCAGCCCCAAACCUUUCUCUCCUCAAGCAUCAACGCCAAUCUCUGCUAAGCAAGAAAGAACUUCCACUCCUGGAAGCAUUCUGAAUCUUAACCUUGAUCGCAGCAAGGCUGAGAUGGAUCUGAAGGAGCUGAGUGAGUCAGUGCAGCAGCAGAGCACCCCAGUGCAGCUCAUCUCCCCCAAGCGCCAGAUCCGCAGCAGGUUCCAGCUCAACCUGGACAAGACCAUCGAGAGCUGUAAAGCACAACUGGGAAUAAAUGAAAUAUCUGAAGCUGUUUAUACUGCAGUAGAACACAGUGACUCUGAAGAUUCUGAAAAAUCUGAUACCAGUGACAGUGAAUAUAGCGAUGAGGAUCAGAAAUCAAAGAAUGAUCAAGAGGAUGGUGAGGACAAGGAAGGUGCAAGAAGUGAUAAAGAAUCAUUGAGCUUGAAAAAAAAACCUAAGCCUCCAGCACAGAAUGAAGACAAGGAGGAACUUAAAAGCACAAGUCCAGAAGUGGAGAAAACAGAAGAAGCAGUCAAGGAAAAAGCUGUUUCAGACACUGAAAAAGAAUUUUCUGAAAAGGGAAAGAGUUUACAGCAUCCUGCAAAAGAAAAGCUGAAAGGUAAAGAUGAGACAGACUCUCCAACUGUGCACCUGGGACUGGACUCUGAUUCUGAGAGUGAACUUGUCAUCGACCUAGGAGAUGAUCAUUGUACUCGGGAAGGAAGGAAAAACAAGAAAGAAUCUAAAGAAACUUCUCCUAAACAAGAUGUUGUAGGUAAAACUCCACCUUCCUCCAGUGCAAGCACCCAGCCUCUGCCAGAAACUCCAGUGCUCACCCGCUCCGCAUCACAGACCCCCCCAGCUGGUGUGACAGCAACCACCAGUGCUGCUUCUACUGUCAGUGCUCCCUCUGCUGCCACAGGCAGCCCUGUGAAAAAGCAGAGGCCUCUGCUGCCCAAGGAAACCGCCCCUGCUGUGCAGAGGGUGGUGUGGAAUUCUUCAAAUAAAUUCCAGACAUCUUCUCAGAAAUGGCACAUGCAGAAGGUGCAGAGGCAGCAGCAGCAGCAGAGCCAGCAGUCCCAGUCACAGCAGCCUCAGUCCUCUCAGGGGACAAGAUAUCAGACCAGACAAGCAGUUAAAGCUGUGCAGCAAAAAGAGAUCACACAGAGCACUUCCACAUCCACCAUAACCUUGGUCACAAGCACUCAGCCUAUUUCCAUGGUUACCAGCUCUGGAUCUGCAAGCACACUUUCUUCCUCCCUCAACACAGACCUGCCAAUUGCAACAGCUUCAGCUGAUGUGGCUGCAGAUAUUGCUAAAUAUACCAGCAAAAUGAUGGAUGCCAUCAAAGGAACAAUGACUGAAAUAUAUAAUGAUCUAUCAAAAAAUACUACUGGAAGUACAAUAGCUGAGAUUCGGCGUUUGAGGAUUGAGAUAGAAAAACUCCAAUGGUUACAUCAACAGGAACUCUCAGAAAUGAAACAUAACCUAGAACUGACAAUGGCUGAAAUGCGUCAGAGCCUGGAACAGGAGCGAGAUCGUUUGAUUGCUGAGGUGAAGAAGCAGCUGGAACUGGAAAAGCAACAAGCAGUGGACGAGACCAAGAAGAAGCAGUGGUGUGCCAACUGCAAGAAAGAGGCCAUCUUUUACUGCUGUUGGAAUACCAGCUACUGUGACUACCCCUGCCAACAAGCUCACUGGCCUGAGCACAUGAAAUCUUGCACACAGUCAGCUACUGCGACACAGCAGGAAACAGAUACUGAAAUUAGCACAGAAACACUAAAUAAAUCAUCCCAGCCCAGUUCAAGUGUGCAGUCUACACCCACAGAAACAGCCAGCACUCCUAAGGAAAAGGAAGGUUCAGCUGAUAAAAGCAAAGAGAGUGUUACAGACCCAUCAGUGUAGCUUCUGGUCUGGAUCUUUCGAUACAAGUUGCCUUCUGAUAAGCAAUACUGACUGCAGCACUUCCAAGCCCUUCUUGCCUGGGGGUUCAGAGGCCAAGCUCAAGACCUGCAUUCAAACCAACUUACUUUCUCACCACAGACUGCCAUUAGGGUACCACAAUAUUCCAUAACUGAUACAACACUUCACCUGGAUCAACGGUUAACGGAGCAGUUUGGAAAUCCUCCAUAGCAUCUACUCUGAUAGUGUUCAGUAGGCAAGGAUGAGCAAAUGCUCUAAAAAAAGGGACUUAACAUUGCAUAUAUAGAAAAUGUUUAUAGAGAAGAUUCUGCUUUAUAGGUAGGGCUUGACUAUUAGCAAUUUUGGCAUCAUUUUUUUUCUGCCCUUGCAAGAUUUAUUAAAUGAAAAAUUUUAGUGGGGGGGAGGGGGCCAGGGCUGAUCCUUCAAACCCUUACACAUGAUCCUCCACAUCAGUAGGAGCCUUGUUGUAUUUUAAAAUAUUAAAAGCAAACUAAUUUUGUAGUAUUGUGAUUCCAGCAUGAUGUCUCAUCGAGAUAGUCCUGUAGAAUUGGGAAGCAUAGUAAUCUAGAGAGCUGUGUUCAUUUCUUGACACUUUUGCUACUGUCUGGUGUUAGAUCUCUGGGCUUGAAAUGUCAUCUAAGGGAGUAACUUGGGGAACAGAUUUGAAAAGGGGGAAAAGGAGGUGCUGUUUCACUUCAGUGUUUUGAUGAAGGUGGUUGAACUCUGGCUCACUCACUUACUGUUCACAUGCAUUGUUAUGGCAGCACAAGCUUUGUACUAUUGGGGAAGUAGGGAAUGUGAGACCUAAAACCUUCCAGGGAAUAUUCCAGUUACACAGAUAUGGAAUUUCUUUUAUAUAGAUGUUCUACCUGAAACAUCAUGCUGUAUACAUUGAUCGUGUUCAUAAUUUGAAUUUUGUUUUAUUAACAAAGAAAUAACCUGUGAAUUCAUUACGAUGCAAAAUUGUAACACAAAGAAAACAUCCAACAAAUUGCAUAUCAUAAUAAUAAUAAUGUAACAACUAGGUGGAAUUUGUGUAAAAGCUGAGGCUUCUACUGAGGUUGCCUGUGCUGUCUCUGCAGAUAGCAACAGGUGUGACAAGCAACCAGCCUAUAAAACUGGUCCAGGUACUGCAGACCAGCACCUUUAUUCCAACUACUCAACCCACAA